CGUGGUGAUUCACUCGCCAGUCAGUGUUGGUGCAACUUUUGAAGAGCGAAGAUGCCGCAGUGCGCGGUGUCCACGUGCAGGAACUCGCACCGCAAGACUAAGGGUCGCCGCGUGCGUUACCAUCGUUUCCCGGCCGAGGAGAGUGUCCGGGAACGAUGGGUCGCCGUGUGCGGCAGGCAAAACUGGUUCAACACCACCACGGCCAGGGUGUGUUCGCUGCAUUUCUCGCCCAACAGCUACGAACGCGACGUCGAGCACGAGUUGCUGGGGCUGCCCCCGCGCAGCCGCCUCCGCCGUGGGGCCGUGCCGGACCUGCACGUGCCGGUGGUGGUGCCCUCUCUGAUCAACAAGCUGUACUCGGCGCCGCCUCCGCAGCGAAACGUGGCGCCGAACCGCGCCAAAAACAAGAAGCAGCCGCCGCCGCUCGUCAAGCCGCCCCCGGAGGUGGACACGCCGCCCCCUGAGGAGUCACCUGACGAGGCUGCGCAACUGCAAUUGCUCAACGCCCUUGGGCUGCAGCCCAAAAACAAUGAUGUCUGGGCUAUGGCUGCUUAUGGGUUGCCCGUCGGGCAGACAAUGCCAGUGAUGGACGCAGCCGGUGCUAAGAAGCAGCAGCGCGCGAUGGACGAGGGUGUCCCCCAGCGGAGGUCAUCCCUCCACAACGGAGAACUCGAGGAGGCGGCCAGCGAGGGGGAGGCCGCCGUCGCCAGGGCGGCCGCCGCGCUCGUCACCGUCGACAUCGACGAGGGCGCCAAACCGCUCGACUUCAGCGCCUCCGAAAACAACUCGCCAGUGAAAGCCGAGCCAUCGUCUGAGCACGCGACCUCGAGUGGCUGCGGCACCGACGACGAGGAGAGCCCUCGGUCGUCUGUGGCGCGCAACAAGCGCGGCCUGAAGGAGGCGGCCGGCGAACCAGAGGCCAAGCGCGCCCGCAUGCUCAACGAGGAAAUCGAGGAGGAUGAGCGCGAACGCACCAUCCGCACCUUCGUCGAGGCCAACGAGGGCCCUGAGGAGGCGGCGCGCUGCGUCGAGGUGCUCAAGAACGAGCUGUCCAUGCUGCGGCAGUUGGCCGAGCAGAAGGAGCACGAGUGGAACCAGCUGAUCCGCCUCAAGGGGCUUAAGGAGGAGAUGCUCGCCCGGCUCGAACGCCGACGGGUCGUCCUCGGCCACAAACCGCCCAAGGCCAACGGCCAGCAACCAGUCAUCGGCGAAGGCCGCCAGGGACCCAUCCUAGACGUCAGGUCCAUCAUUGCUGACUACAGUGGAUUUCAACAGAACUACAGAAGACAUACAGUUGGCCAGCCUGUUAUAACCGCCAUAAACAGGCAGCGCCACCCUGAGCAAGUUCCCAGAAGGGGUCGUCGUCUGCGGCCGCAGAGUCCGGAGACGUGCUCCAUGCCGACCGUCGAGCCCCCGAUCAGCUUCAAGGACGUGCUAGUCAAGUUUGCCAAGAUGAGCCAAAACGAGCCCCAAGGCCCGCGGCUGCCCUACCCUGAGGUGACCCUGCACCCAGUGCCGCCGCCGCUAGGACCGGCCUCCUCCCUGCUGCAGGGCAUCCUCACCAAGCCUGGCAACCGCUCCACCAACUUCUCGCCAACUCUUGCCCGCCUCCUCACCGCCCCCGAGCGGCCAACGCCUCCGGCCAUUCCGGCAGCUUCGCCUUCAGUCUCCAUCUCGGACUUGUUGGGACCCUCAAAGGGUCGCACUGAGAUCACAAUCACACCUGUAGGCACCUCACAUGACCAGCCAGCACCCAGCAAGAGCAAAACUCCCAAGCCAGUGCCUGAGAGGGCUGACGAUGACACCGAGGGAGACCGUCUGGUGAUUGACGAACCCACCUCCAGCGAGCAGCCUCCCAAGAAGGGGGUCACCAAAGCCAAUACUGAGGAGAUGGACGAAGAGGAUGUGCCCGAGUGCCAGGGUUGCCACAGAAAUCAGGCACAAUUUGUGUGCGCAGGGUGCGGAAACCAGUGGUACUGCAGCAGAGAGUGUCAGGUGUCUGCAUGGGACGAGCAUGCCGAUGUGUGCUCAGGUUGAUCUCCUACAGGGUCGGCCGUCUCCUGACCUUGAUACGAACCUUCCACCAACGAUGCUCAACUGAAAAGAGCCUGCCAGGCUCGACAUUUGAAAUUAAAUGUGUUUUUGUCACAUCAUCAUCAUUACUUUGUGUAUCCGUGAUUAGUUGUUGCGUUGCCGCUAAAUUAUUCUAAUUUUAUGUAUUUCCCAACGGAUUCCUGUUCACUUGAUUGAAUUCGGUCAAAUUCUUAAAUCAGUUUUGAUUUGCUAUUUGUUACCAAUGUCCAGUAAAAUGCGAGAAAAUGAGAAAACUGACGUUCCUAUGGCUAUUUGUAUUUUUUAACGAUUCGUCUCUUGAGCUAGGCUAAUCAAUUGCUAAUAAGACACGAUGAUUGUUUGUCGUAGUAAUACCCGUAGUUGUAACUUAUUCUACGAAUUCUCUUAAAUGUAAGACAGUAGUGAUUAGCAGAAAAGCAGUAAAUUUGCAUUCGCCACACUUCAAUAUCAUUAUGCAUCAAAAUGUGUAAAAUAUCUACGUGAAUAAAUUAUUUUGCAAUCUUACAAAUAA